AUUUAAUCCUGAAUGUCAAAUUGGUAUCUACAACGAGUGAAUCAGAAUUUGAGAAAAUAAACAAGUUUCUACAAGACUUCGUAAACUGUGUCCAACAGGAAACCUUUACAAUUAAAUCAUAUAUGAUUGCAUGUGUUAAGUAAACCCUAAACAUGAAGCCCAUAAUUAAAAAGAUUCCAGGUAUUCUGCCACCUCCACCAAAAACUGAAAUCGACGGCAAAAUCACUGAUUUAUCAUCAAAGAACAUCACAGAAUUAUGCGAGUUAAGAGAUAGACAACUGAAACUACUGAAUAACAAGGCGUUUAUAUCUAAACUUCCUGACAAGGGUGCGAAAAUCCAGGCGUUUCAUGAUAAAAUCGUCAGCGAAUUGAAAGCUAAACAAGAAGAGGAACAAACUUGUCGUAUGUUUGAUAACAUGAAAUUGAAUGGUAUUGAUAACGACGUUGUGCAACAAGUAGAAUGGGUUGGCAAAAUACAGGAUAAUAACAACACAUACCUUGACUCUGAUGACGACAGUGAACCAGAAGAUGUACUUCAUAUCCUCAGUCAAACCACCGCUCCAGAGAAACAAGUGAAAGUAUUACCACCUGAAAAGCCAUUGAUUACUGAAGAAGAUUUAUUAAAAAUUGGUGAACUACCUCAUGUGAAGUACAUUGUAGAAAAAACUGAAGUUAAACCAAAGCCUAAAGCUACGGGCAACUUCAAACCUUAUAGGACAACAAAAUCCGAUUCCCAAAACCCAGAGAAAGAGAUUCAUAGGAAAAAACAUAAACAUUGGGAAGUGACAGCUGCAACCCCUCCUCCUAGUGUCCAUGGGCCAGCCAAAGUAUUGUCUAUAGAAGAAUCGUUGAAACUUCAAAAAGAAUACAAUGCCCAUUUGAAAGAAAUAGAGGCACAACAUGCUGCUGAGAAGUUAUUGGCUCGUGCAGGCAUUAAGAUGGCGGAGUUGCCAGAAGACAAAAGUAAUUUUGGAAAGUAUAGAGAAGUAGACAGUGAUGAUUCUGAUGCAUCAGACCCUGAGGGCAGUGACAAAGAGGUGCAUGAUGAGGAACCAGAGAGAGGAGGAGUAGUUUUCACUGUCAUGAAAUGAAGACUUUAAGAAAAAAGAACUGAGUUGUAAACAAACUGAUCAAAGAGUUUAAUAAUGAA